AUGUUGGGCCUUCAGUAUGCCUCGGGCCUCUGUGAAGCAUGGGAUCUGCAAGAUAACAAACGCUCAGUAAGGCCUUUAAGCACCGGUGUGGUACCGGCCGAAAGCUCUCCGAUGCUUAAGUUAAGUGCAAAUUUAAAUUUCGAUGUAGGACUGUGGACGUCGAUUGUGGGCAUGCCACGUGUCGUGGAGAAGGGUGCUGCCCUAAUCAUAAGAUCGGUAGGCAAGGUGCUGAGGGCAACCAUAACAAGGCUCAACUUGUCCACGUGUCUAGUCCUUAUAGGCUAUUCCUUUUGGUAUAAACAAGAGUCCCCCAAGUUCUCAUCUGAGUUUUUGGAUGGGGACUUGAUAUCCUCUUCGAUGAUCAAAAAUGUUGUUCUACCAUUCGAAGCAGAUACCGAGGAACCCAAAGGUCGAUACCUCGAGAAGUCUGAUAGCGAGUCCCCGUUCGAGGGAGAGCCCAAUGCAUUUGAUGGGGAGUCAUCGGACGAUCAGAGGGACACAAAUAGUGAGGUCGUAAACCUCGAUGCCGAGGGUGGAGAAGAUACUGAUGUCGAAAUAAUCAGUGAGGGAGCAAGCUCCAUUCCUACCCACGGCAUUAGGAAGGGACUUAUGAUCAGGCAACCAACACCGCUGGCUGUGGUGUAUAGGGACGACAGUCAUGCCGAUGUAGGCCAACACUGCGAGUUCCAGAUGGGGGACACUCGGGUGCCAGAUGAGCACACCAGUCAACAAUCUGAGACCUCCACCUCUGGUCGUGGAGAGGCAGCCGUCGAACCUCUUUCUCAGCCAAGGGUAUCCAUAGUUAAUUGGGGAAACCCUAGGGUACCUUUAGGCGUGCCAAAGGUACAUCUGUUCGGCGUAGAUUAUUUGGAGCCCAAUAAGAUUACCGUUCGGGAGCUCGUCAAGCUUCGUACCGAGUACCGUAUCCCGGAUUCAGUGAAAAUGAGGAUCCCAGGUCCUACCGAGUCUCUCAGUAACCCAAACGAUGGUGAGGUCGUCUUUUUCACUGACGUUCUUCUGCAGGGGGUUCAGUUGCCGUUACAACCUGUCGUGCAGAAGAUCCUUGCCCAAAUUGGGUAUGCUCCAAGCCAAUACAAUCCCAACUUCUGGGUGGCCUUCAUGGGGGUGAUCGUUGCAUUCGGUAUUGCCAGGGAAGGGAAGCCUUCCUAUGAGCAAUUCUCCUACUUGUAUAGCGUCACCAAGUCCAAGAGUGUCGAUCACGGAGGUUGGGUUCAGGCCAACUGUCUCAAGGCUUCCGAGCGGGGGCAUUUUGUCUAG